AUGUCAAGAAGAAGAAGAAUUUCUAUUUCUUCCAUUAUUGGACCAAGAAUAGCUUACUACAAUCAUUGGCUAUUAAAACGUACUUCCACAUCUCCAUCUCUAUUUGUUCUGUUUCGUUCUUUCUCUAACACCACCAAAAACCCUACUUCUCAUCCUCAAGGACACGAACCUAAACCUAAAGCCUUACCCAAACAACCAUGGUAUUUGGGUCCCAAUCAUCUUCAUUCUGCUUUAAUUUCCUUCAAUCGCAUGCUCCGAAUGCGACCUUUACCCCCAAUUUCUCAAUUCAACAAAGCUUUAGGCUCUAUCUUGAAAAUGGCUCAUUACGCCACUGCUCUUUCUCUUAUUCAUAACAAGUUGCAACAGUUCCAAGCUAUUCAGGUCAAUUUCUACACCUUCAAUAUUGCUAUUAACUAUUACUGCCGCCUUAAUCGAGUCGAUUUUGGGUUGUCUCUUUUGGGAACCCUCUUCAAACGCAGUUAUACACCUGAUGUAACUACCUUCACAACUCCGAUUAAUGGGCUUAUUUUGCAAGAUAAAACUCCUCAAGCUGUGAAGUUAGUUAAGAAAUUAAUGAGAACUAGAGAAAUUGAACCCAACGUGGUUAUGUAUGGAACCAUUGUCAAUGGGCUCUGCAGAACGGGAAACACUUUCAGGGCUGUUAGUUUGCUUAGGAUUAUGGAAGAGGGAAGUUAUGAACCUAACACCGUAGUGUAUACCAUGAUCAUUGACAAUCUUUGCAAGGAUAGAAUGGUGGAUGAUGCUUUCAAACUCUUUUCUACAAUGGAUGAAAAGGGUAUUUUCCCAAAUGUUGUCACUUAUACUUCUUUGAUUCAUGGCCUAUGUAAUUUCGGUCGGUGGAAGGAGGCUGCUGAAAUGUUCAAAGGAAUGUUGGAUAGUGGCAUUGCUCCGAAUGUUCAUUCGUAUAGUGUGUUGUUGAAUGCAUGUACCAAGGAAGGGAAGAUGAAAGGGGCAGAGGGAGUACUUGAAUUCAUGAUAUGA